GGACAAUCCAUGUCCUGGCUGACCUUCACACUGUGUGUCUAGAUGACGGGGCAGGUGUUGGGUGAGGGUACUGAGCUGGCGUCUCAGAGGCUGUCAGUGAAGACAUGGCUGGACGAGGAAUGCGAGAGAGCAGACAGCAACCUGAGUCAUCUGAGUCGGGGCCAGUCUAUGUGUGAUGACACGUCGUCAGAACUACAACGGAUGGCUGUCAUUGACCGGAGAGGACUCACCUCCCAGAACUCCUUCAGAGGAAGAGGAGCCAUGUCCAGGUUGGUCAGCAUGGUGGUGACUUUGAGAGAGUGGGCUCAUAAGAGUUUGGUUGAGGAGCAAGAGAGACCUGAUUCGUUCCUGGAAAGGUUCCGAGGCCCUGAUCUGCAGGCUCCGCCCAGCAGGAUCAGCCAAUCACGACCGGAUGCUGAGCCCACUGUCCACAACGACCACAUACACAACACUAAGAGUCCAGGUAUGUUGAUAUUAUCUCCAGCUGAUAAUAUCUAUUACCACUGGCUCCUGAUCAUCUCGACUGCUGUGCUCUACAACUGGUGCCUCCUGGUGGCCAGGGCAUGUUUUGAUGAGCUUCAGACGAGUGGUGCCAUCGUGUGGCUGGUGUUGGACUACCUGUGUGACGGUCUCUACAUCUUGGACACAGCCGUCAGGCUACGCACAGGUUUCCUGGAGCAGGGUCUGUUGGUGAAGGACCUCUCUAAGCUGAGAGACAGUUAUCUGAAGACGGUUCAGUUUAAACUAGAUCUGUUGUCUAUCCUGCCUACUGACCUGUUCUACCUAUCUCUGGGAAUACACACUCCUCUCCUCCGUUUCAACAGACUUCUGCGGUUUAACCGCAUGUUCGAGUUCUUCGACCGUACAGAGACCAGGACCAGUUACCCCAACGCCUUCCGCAUCACUAACCUGGUCCUUUACAUACUGGUGAUCAUCCACUGGAAUGCCUGUAUGUACUACUCCUUCUCCAAGGCCCUGGGACUGGGGUCUGACUCCUGGGUGUAUCCCAACCAGACAACUCUGUCGCGGGGUUACAUCUACUGCCUCUACUGGUCCACCCUCACCCUCACCACCAUAGGAGAGACACCGCCACCCGUACGAGAUGAGGAGUUCCUCUUUGUGGUCUUUGACUUCCUGGUGGGUGUGUUGAUCUUUGCCAGCAUCGUGGGGAACGUGGGAGCCAUGAUCUCCAAUAUGAACGCUACGCGGGCAGAGUUCCAGAGCCGCAUCGACCAGGUCAAACACUACAUGCAGUUCAGACACGUCAGCCGUGACCUGGAGCACCGUGUCAUUCGCUGGUUCGACUACCUCUGGACCAAUCAGAAGGCGGUAGACGAACAGGAAGUUCUGAAGAGCCUGCCCAAUAAACUGAGGGCUGAGAUUGCUAUCAAUGUGCACCUGGAAACUUUAAAGAAGGUGCGUAUCUUCCAGGACUGUGAAGCAGGCCUGCUAGUAGAGUUGGUAUUGAAGCUGCGUCCCCAGGUCUUCUCUCCAGGAGAUUAUAUCUGUCGUAAAGGAGAUAUUGGGAAGGAGAUGUACAUUAUUAAAGAUGGCCGCCUGGCGGUGGUGGGAGAUGAUGGAGCUACUCAGCUGGCCAUGCUCACCUCAGGAAGCUGCUUCGGGGAGAUCAGCAUCCUGAACAUCCGGGGCAGUAAGAUGGGAAACAGGAGAACAGCUAACAUCCGUAGCCUUGGUUACUCUGACCUGUUCUGUCUGUCUAAGAGAGAUCUGACCGAGGCACUCAGCGACUUCCCUCAUGCUAGAACCCAGUUGGAGCAGAGGGGGCGGGAUAUCCUCAGGAAGGAGGGGCUACUGGAUGAAGUGGGAGGAGAUAGCCUGGGAGUGGAGGAAAUGGAGGAGAAGGUGGGGAAGUUGGAGGCGUGUGUGGAUCGUCUCCAGACGCGGUUGGCACGUUUACAAAUGGAGUAUGCCACCGCGCAACAACGUCUGAAGCAGCGAAUCACGGCUCUGGAACACAGCGUCGGCACCACGGUUACCGUCGGAAGCGGUUUCCUGUCCGACGCCGAUGGCAAUGAGAGUGGUGGUGACGACGGAGCACGCAGUGAGAUCAACAUCAGACUGUGACAACAACGCUGUAUCGCCAUAGAGACAGCUGGAAGAUCAUUAAUCUUAUUUACUCUGUUUUAUUUAGUUAGAUUUCAUAUUUUGUGGCAGAUUUGAUAUCUGUUGUUGUUGUUGUCAGCAGGGUGUCGCUGUGUUUAAUGAUGGUGUAACGCUGAGUCUACCUGUAAGCUACUGUAUGUUCAACAAUGUAAAAACAAAACUGGCUCUUGAAAAACAUGUUGAAAAAAUGAUUUCACCUUAAAUUCCUGUUAAUGACAACCCAAAUAAUAACUUCCAAUAGUU